GCUGGUCAGGAGGCAUUCCGAUCCAUCACACGGUCUUAUUACCGAGGGGCAGCUGGUGCUCUUUUAGUAUAUGAUAUCACUAGGCGGGAAACCUUUAACCACCUCACACAGUGGUUGGAGGAUGCCCGUCAGCACUCCAACUCUAACAUGGUCAUCAUGCUCAUUGGCAACAAGAGUGAUUUGGAUUCUCGACGGGAAGUAAAACGGGAGGAAGGUGAGGCUUUUGCUAGGGAGCAUGGCCUGGUGUUUAUGGAGACCUCUGCCAAGACAGCUGCCAAUGUUGAAGAGGCUUUCAUUAAUACAGCGCGGGAAAUAUAUGAAAAGAUACAAGAAGGAGUUUUUGAUGUCCAUAAUGAGGCAAAUGGUAUAAAGAUUGGCCCUCAGCAUUCUCCAAGUGGUGCAGGUCUAACUGGAAACCAGGGAGCAGCAGGUGGACAAGGAGGUGGUUGUUGCUAAUCUCUGAUCCAUUUGGGCAGCAGUCAGUAGGGUUGAGGACCUUUGUGAUGGAUAGAAGUCUUGAGGUUGAUGUGAGAGCACUGAAUGAAGUAGAGAAAUACAGACUAGAUAGGUCUGUAGAAAGCUCUUGGCAACUAUACCAUACACCACUUGGAAGCUGAUGAUCAAAGCUUGCAUUGAGGGUGUUGGUUAGUGGUGUAACUCAGUAUAAUGAAAUGGUGCAUGAUUGUUUGGAUAGUGAUGAGAGGAAUUAACCAAAAUAAAGUCAGAUUUAUACUCAUCACAUUUGCAUUAAGCCUAGAUGCUGUCUGUUACAUUGUAAAGAUAAAGGAGUGUGUGUAGAGUAUCUGAACAUGAUGUAAAUUGAUGUAUAUUUUGAUUGACAGAGUGUGUGUUUUUUAUUUGAAUUUCUUAUUAAUUACAACUAUUUAAACUUAUAAUGAAACUAAAAGUAUGUAAGAGUGUAUACAUCUAGUGUUAUUGCAGAUGAAUCUGAAACAUCAGGGGUUGAGUUCAUUGCAUAGAUGAAAAAAUCUGCAAAUUUAUUUACAGCAACCACCAACAUCUGGUAAUGUAUACCUGUAGUUACCAAAGUUGUGUCUAGUGCACACAAGUUGCAGUUAUGACUUUCAUAAAAGAAAAAUAAAUUAUCCAAUGAAUAUUUUUUUAUACUUGCAGUUAGAUUAAAAAAUUUUAGGUCAGAAAUAUCUUAUGUAGCUUACCAUAUGAUCAUGAAGUGCUUUUUAUAAGUUUCCAAUCCAUUAACUAGUCUUCUAUAAAUAAUGAAGCUUAGGUAGCCUCAGUCUCGGCUAUGGAUUAUAAUCUGGGGUGAUUGAUAUUUCCACAGUAGUAUAACUUGCAUGUGUCCAGCUGUUACUGUGGUACAGGGGGGCCCAGCUUUUUGGUUAGCUUGUUUAGAAAGUUUAGCUCAUAUUGGCUUCAUAACUUGAUAGCAUGGAGAAUCAAAGGAUUUAUUGACUUUCCAUUUCAUUCAUUCUCUCUUGCAGCAAUACCAAAAAUCCAUUUCCUUAUCAACCAGCUUAAUUAUGUUCUUAAGACAGAUUUAAGAAUGAGUUCAGUAGAAAUGCACAUCAUAUUGUAUAAAUGUUAUAUCAUAUACAUGAAAGACUAGGAAUGUUGGCUGAGGAUUGAUAGUGUUAACUUAGCGUUAAUCAUUGGGCAAUGUGUCUGAACGGUUGGAUUUCUCUCUUAUGUGAUAGUUCUCUAUCUGAAGUGUGUGUUGUGUUGAAAGUUUAGUUGUAUGUAAUUCUUCCUUUUGCACAUUGCAGCAUUUUUUUAGUUUUCCUAGAUUUUACAAGAAAAUGCGAGUUCUGUACCUAUCAGCUAUGAUAGUUGGAACAGUUUCACCAGUGCUAUGAGGCAUUAAGUGUUACUAGUAAGUAAUUUCACCAAUAAUAAGAGGCAUUAAGUGUUGCUAGUAUGUCAUUUGGUAAUUUAUUUUAAAUUUUAUUUAAUUCAGAAUCAGAAGGUCAUUUAUGAACACAUGACAGCAUCUUAAAAAUAUAGGUACAGUAUAAAAAGCAAUUAUGUGAGUCUUGAUAUGCAGUGAUUGUAUGAUAACAAUGAAGGAAUAUUUAACAGAUGAAUUUAAAACCUAUUAUUGUUAUUUUAAUUAUUAUUCCCUGUGCUUGCUGACUGCAUAAUUGGAUCACAUUUCAUGUUCUCUGCUCAACAUUUCCCCAGUGAUGAAUGAAAACUUUUAGAUUGGUACAUCAUCCUGUAAAACUUACAAGUUGGAAGGCAGGAUUUUUUUUUACCCUGAGAGCUUGAUAAAUAGUAUAAUACUGUGCAUUAUUUUCUUAAGAGGCUUUGGUAGGUGGAGUUGGUAAGAAGAUUUUGAAAUGAUAAUGUAUGAAUCACAAGGUAUUUAAAGGUGUAUAUAUAUACUUUGUUCAUCUACACUGUGUCUGUUUAGGCUGAAAUUAAUUAUUCUUUGGUUCUUUAUGAAGAUGCAAUGAUUUUUGAGUGUGAUUAACAAAUACAUAUUUUUCAGUUUGAAGAGGAUCCUUCAGAAAAAAAAAAUAUUUUAAACUUGUCAGUGGUAUAAAACAUUCCAUAUGCCAGACACAGCUCCUCUGAAAACAAAUUUUGUGAUACAAUUAAUGUAGUUGCACAGAGGAUUUUGUAUUUGAACUUUCAGUUUUGUUAUUGAAGUUCAAUGCAGAUGACAUGUGUGGAAUUGCCAUUAUUUUCUAGGCUCCACUUUUUCCAGUACAGUACCAGUGCUCACUCUGGGUGCAGGAAUUUCCAUAAACUCAUUGGCACUUUUUGGGUUUUUUUUUGGAUUAUAUAUCAUAUUAAUAAAUAUCAACUUUGUUUUUGAUUUAUAAUAAUUUGAUGAUUGAGUGUACCAGUCGUUAUGUUAGCUAUUUAUAUAUAUAUAUAUUUUUUUUUUAUUGAUCCAUGAACAAAGUGUGUGUGUGAAUGUAUUUUUGCUAUUCUAACAGAGUAAUAAGUAGGGUGGGCCUUUUGUAUCUGCAGUAUAUCUGUGACUUGGUAAUCUCUAUUAAACCAGAAAAACCAAAGUAAAUGGUAGGUACAGUUUAUGUAUAUUGAAGAUAUUAGAAAUGCAGAUGUUUUGCUGGUCUUAAUUGGCUGAUACUUCAGUCAGUCACUCAGCAAUUCAUUGAUCAGAACCUUAUUGAACUUUCACAUUUUCAAUAAUAUUCAUCCCUGAGUACAGGUGAUAUUUUCAAUGGAAACUUUGAAUUGGCCAUUUAAGACCAAGAAGAGUUUUGUGCAUGAGUGUGAUAGCGGAUCCUAAUAUAAUUUUGUCCUUUACUUUGUCUACAAGCUAUGUCACUGAAUUGACAAAAACUGUAGUACUGUAUGUUGCAUUGGUCUUGAUGUGGUCAGAUUGAAUGUAAUUUGGGCAUAGGCAGUAUAUUUUCAUAUUAUCUAUUUGAAGAUAAUGAUGCUGGACAGAACUGUGGGCUUAAAUAUGAGGAAUAAAAGCAGAUUUAUAAUUUGAUUUUAUAUUAUUAAAUCUAUUCUAAACCUAUAAACCUAUACCCAUAUGUUCCCUUGGAACAUCAUAUUUGUCAUUAUUAAACAAUGUUAAGAAUCAUAUGAUUGGAAAAAGGGCCAAGAUUGCAUUAACCUUUAGUUCAGGUGUGCUGUGUAUGACAGUUGCAUGGUUUUUAUUUUAUCAUGUGUGGGUUGUCACAAGCAGUUCAGCAUUUGAGGUAGAAGAAAGGAAACCAUGGGAAUGAACUGUAACACACACUGCCUCAAUUUCCCAAUGUUUCCCACAGGACAAUCUCUGAUGGCAUGUCGUGCAACUCACCUUCUUGAUCUGGUAUCACAGUCAGCAACAGUUGUGUAUGACUUUAUGUUUAUUAAACUGUCAAUAAAGAUA